GAGGAGGAGGAGGAGGAAGGAGCUGGCUGGCAGCAGGGUGGAAGGCAGGGUGCCAUGAGGACCGGACACACCGGCACCCACCGCCAGCCAUGUGGGUGCUGGGGGCGCUGGGGCUGGCGCUGAGCUGCCAGGGGGCAGGCGCCUUCCUGGUGCACGUGGCCAGCUCCUGCCCGCUGGCGGCCAACGGCUCCCUGCUGGAUUUUGAGUUCACCCUCAUCUUCAACAAGAACCCGCUGGUCUGCUACGACCCCGACGCCCGGCGCUUCAACGCCUGCGACUGGGGGCUGCUCCGCGACGUCGCCGGCCUGGUGGCCUCCGCCCUCAACAACGGCACCGCCUGGGUGGAGCGCGCCGAGGCCCGGCGCCAGGCUUGCCGCGACCUGGCCCCCCACUUCUGGGCCUCCGCGGCGAUGCGGCAGACGCCGCCCCAAGUCCGCAUCACGACCGUCCCCCUCCCCAACACCCCCGACGCCGUCCUCCUCACCUGCCACAUCUGGGGCUUCUACCCCCCCGAGGUGACGGUCCUUUGGCUGCACAACGGGGACGCGGUGGCCGCUGGGGACACGGCCAAGGUGCUGCCCAACGGCGACUGGACCUACCGGACGCAGGUGACCCUGACGGUCACCCCCAAGGCUGGGGACACCUUCACGUGCUCGGUGCAGCACGCCGGCCUGGACCGACCCCUCCGGGAGCACUGGGGUCCCGGCUUGUCCCCAGGGUUGAGGGUGAAGGUGGCGGUGGCGGCAGUGGUAAUGACCCUGGGGCUCGCGGUCUUCGCUGCCGGCACCUUCAGCUACUGCCGCCAGGCUCCGGGUCCUGCUCCUGGUCCUGGAUGUGAUCCCAGUCCUGGUCCUGGUUCAUGUCCUGGUCCUGGUCCUGGAUCUGGUCCCAAUUCUGGUUCUGGUUCUAGUCCUGGUCCUGGUCCCAGUCCUGGUCCUGGAUCUGGUCCUAGUCCUGGUCCUGGUCCUGGUCCUGGUCCUGGAUCUGGUCCCAGUUCUGGUUCUGGUUCAUGUCCUGGUCCUGGAUCUGGUCCCAAUUCUGGUUCUGGUCCUGGGCCUAGUCCCAGUCCUGGGCCUGGUCCUGGAUCUGGUCCCAGUCCUGGUCCUGGUCCUGGUCCUGGUCCUGGAUCUGGUCCCAGUUCUGGUUCUGGUUCAUGUCCUGGUCCUGGAUCUGGUCCCAAUUCUGGUUCUGGUCCUGGGCCUAGUCCCAGUCCUGGUCCUGGUCCUGGUCCUGGAUAUGGUCCCAGUCCUGGUCCUGGUUCUGGUCCUGGUCCUGGAUCUGGUCCCAGUCCCGGUCCUGGUCCUGGUCCUGGAUAUGGUCCCAGUCCUGGUCCUGGAUCUGGUCCCAGUCCCGGUCCUGGUCCCCAUCCUGGUCCCUCCAUGGCCAUGUGUCACCACACAGAGACCAAACUCUGAGCUCCCAGCCCCGGGGCAGAGCCCCCCCCAUUUUGGGGGGGGACCCCCCAACUCCCUCCCAAGUAAAACCAUUUGGAUCCCCUUCCCUGAGUGCCUUUGUCCACGGUGACCACUCUCGGAUGGGUGGGGGGAGGUUCCCAGUGCUCCCAGUUUGGAGGCAGAAGGGUUACUGGGAGCGGGGGGAGGGGUUA